AUGAAUAAGCUUAUUUUUUUGGCAAUUGUCGUUUUAUUAAUCGGAUUUUAUGCAAUUGACACCACAAAUGCACAAUGCGGACUUUUAUGUGUAGUUUGCAAUCUUCUUGAUGUAUGUCUAUUGAGCCAACCAAUAGAGAUCAACUCGCUUACUAGCCUUACAAAAUCUCUGUCGCUGCAGAGCAUUCUGACGUUGUCAGCGAUUUUGAAUAUCGACGGUGAUCUACUGUGUAAUGGUACGAUCAACCUGUUGGGCGGUGUUCUCAAUGUCAAAGGUGCCAUUAAAGUGACACCGCUCUGCGUCUUCAAUGUGACUGGGCCAUGCACAGUCGACGCCACCGCCGGUUUCACAUUCCCACUGCUAACAGUGCUGUUCUAUCCGUCCGGUGGUAACUCCAUUCUCAAUUGGAAAGGCGAUGCCAGCGCUUCUUUCACCAACCUCAUUGGCUACGGUGGUGAACUUCCGAAAUUCAAUUUCUACGGACAGAACGUCAAUUUGACAACGGCGCUUGUCACCACGCCAAUCAAGAUUGGCUAUGCCUCUGUCAACCAGGCCACCAAUCUCUAUUUGAAUGGCAUUCAAUUCGAUCAACUAUUUAUCAAUCAACUCACCAAUCCAGCUAAUCUCGCUGUUCAAAUAAAUAACCUCACCAUUUCACAAGCCACCGCCACACUUGGCUCUGCUCUGACGCCGAUGUCAUCGAUUGCAUUGCGACAAUCGUCCAACCUCCUGAUAAACCAGCCGCUGACAGUCAACUCUCUAACUACCGUUGUAACUUCAACACUUCAACUUGGCAGUACGAUAAAUAUCCUGUCUGGAACACUCAGUUCUGGAACAGUUUCGGUUCUAGCCAAUGGAAUUAUCAACUUGGCAGGUGCCACUCUCAAUACACUGAAUUUGAACGUUAUAGCAGGAGCUCUUCUAAAUUGUUCAAGUACGGUUGUUACCGGUUCAACACUAACCAUUAGUGGUACCACCAACUUUAUAAACACUGCUCAGUUCAACGGCAACAAUCUAGCAAUCGCUGGAAAACUCUCAUUGUUGGACAGUAGCAGCACCAAUAACAAUGUAAUCGAUUUACUUGCAACCGGACAGCUACAUAUCAAUUCCAAUUCCAACACCAACAAUAAUAUCAGUGUGAAAUCAGGUGGAAAACUGUUUGUAAAUGGAGGAGGUAAUUUAAUUUCGUCGACGCUCAAUCUGCUUGGAAGUCUGGCAGUUGACGUCGGUCAGAUUACCAAAUCCAACUUGACAGUGGCAGCACUGGCAUCGGUCAAUCUUUCGAAUGGCGGUUCCAUCGUAAGUGGAUCCUCAAUCUCGCUGCUCGGCACACUCACAUCAGCCAGCUUAUCACUCAUCAAAGAUUCAUCAGUCGAUAUUCAAUCCGGUGGUAGUCUAUCGCUAUCGGGUGGAUCCAUUAUCAAAUCUCCACUUUCCAUUUUGGGUGGUUUAACUGUCGGUACUGGAUCACAAGUCUCACAAUCGAAUCUAACAGUUCAAGCUGGUGCCACUACAACUCUGAAUGGUGGUGGAUCAAUUGUAAACUCACCGCUUAUCAAUUUACUUGGAUCGGUUGUAGUCAACACAGGAUCAUCUAUCAAGAGUUCAACCUUUGACAUCAAAUCCAAUGGUAUUCUAAAUUUAGCUGGUGGAGUAUUAGAUAAUUCUCCACUCUCAUUGCUUGGCAAGAUAAAUCUAAACUCAGCAGCAUCCAUCACAUCGUCACCACUCAAUAUUCUGAGUUCAGGACUUGCAACACUUAGCUCGACUUCCACAAUCGUUACAUCCACAGUAAAUCUGGUGGGUGGACAACUUAGUUUGUUGGAUACUACCAAGCUUGUCGACUCGACAAUCUCCAUUGCUUCUGGCGGUAUUUUAGAUCUGACAAACUCGGCAUCGAUCACCGGUGCACUGGCACUAGGAAUUACGAAUGGAAAAUUGAAUCUAAACAGUGGUUUGAUUAGCGGUUCCAAUAUUUCAAUCGACUCAGCACUUGGCACUCUCAAUUUCCUCGACGGACAGUUGACCAACUCGCCAAUUAACAUUGUCGGUGGAUUGCUCAAUAUGACCACCGGUACAAUUACCGGUUCCGCCAUAAAAUCAAGUGGAUCCAUUCAAUUUGGUUCUGGAAACAUUAACCAAUCGCCACUAACCAUUCUCAAUGGAGGUCUAUUCAAUAUGGUUACCGGUGUAGUAACUGGCUCUGCCAUUGAAUGCAAUGGUGCAUUCACUGUCAAAUCUGGAAAUAUCAAUCAAUCCCCAUUCUCAAUUCUUGCUGACGGUGUUCUAAAUUUGGUUGCCGGUACAAUUACAGGAUCCAACAUUCAAUCAAAUGGUUCGAUUACAAUGUCAUCUGGAAAUAUCAAUCAAUCACCAAUCUCGAUUCUUGCCAAUGGUGUUCUAAAUUUGGUUGCCGGUACAAUUACAGGAUCCGACAUUCAAGCAAAUGGUGUGAUUACAAUGUCAUCUGGAAAUAUCAAGCAAUCGCCAAUCUCUGUUCUUGCUAACGGUGUUUUCGAAAUUGUUGGUGGUGCACUACAGAAUUCACCGGUUUCCAUUCUCACCGGUGCAAUUACAAAUAUAACACAGGCAACCAUUGUAGACUCUACUCUUGAGGUAACAGGCACUUUGAAUUCACUGCUAAACGUUGCGGUGAAAGCAGUUACCGCUGGCGUCGUACCAAUCGUUACUAAACCAGGUGGUAUUCUCAAUGUAGCCGGUGAACUAGCACUCUCUGCCGUAGAUAAUCUGGUGAUCAGUGGAGCUAGCUCGGUGCUGAAUCUCGCCAAAGACACUGUUGUCACACUCGGAGAAACCAUUGAGCAAGUCAGCCAUUUGGAUAUCCAAAUCGAUUCGCUCGGUGCCACUCUUCAGAGUUUGGGUGGUAUUCAACUGGCAAACCAGCUAAAUCCAUUGAAUCUGUUGUCGAUCGUCAGUCAAGCAUUGACUUUUGACAGUGGAUCUAUCCAUUUCAGCAAUGGACUACUCUCUGUCACUGACUCGCUCUCCUUCACAGAGAAAGGACAGUUGACACUCGACAACUCUGUAAUAUCACUUAGCAACACUGUCAAUGAUCUCGUUAUGAAUGCAGUCGAUCUAGUGAUGGACAGCGUUACACUACAGCAUGAAUCACACUUUAUUCCACCGAGAAUCCUAAUUGGUGACGACUCCACUUUGGUUUUCAAUAAGGUGACUAUCGAUAGCACCAUCGAUGCGGCGGACGACACUGCCUACACAUUGGUAUUCUCACCGACUUCACCGAUUAUGUGUAAUGGUCAGGUUGUAAACAAUGGAUCGACCGGACAAUCCACCUACCAAUUCCUCUGUGACAAUAAAUUGGUGGUUUUGAAAUUCUCCAAUUGCUCUGGUAUCCAAUGUCCUGGAAACGCUUCUAUCUGUGUCGACUCAAUAGACCAAUGUCCAGACGUGAAUGGCACAUGUAACAGCAAUGGAUUGGUCUUUAAGUGUUGGAAUGGUCAAUGUGCCAGCAGUUUAUCGACUUGUCCAGCACUACCAAGCUGUCCGCCCAACACUCAACGUUGUCCAGACUCCUCCUGCACAACAGCAACCGAAUGUAUCUCACUACCAAACACAACCUAUCCACAAUUCAACUUUAAUGGUUGUCCAAUUGGCUUCUUCCAAUGUGGUGACGGUACAUGCUCAAGGAACAUAUCCAAAUGUUGUAAUGGAAAUAAUUGUCAAGCAAUUCCAGUUGUUAAUAGAGCAGUUAAAAGUAAAUCACCAUUCGACACAACAAGAUCACUUAUAUUACCAAUAUUAUCAAGACAUGGAAACAACAACUCUAUCGAUAUCUAUGGAUACAUUAAUGUACCUACCAACUUUACCAACCAAGUGAAUCAAAACUUUAUGAAAAUACAAUCACUUGAUGACUCUUAUCUAGAUCAAGUCAAUGGAACUCAUAUUUGGGGAACCAAUGGAACCUAUAGAGAUAGUGCAUUAUCACUUAUAUUUAAUAUUACCAUUGAUCAUCAUGUAGCACCAUUAAGUUUCUUAAAGGAUAUAGAAUUCCAAUUCAAAAUCAAUCCAGAAAAGAUAAAUAUGACAACCGCUAGAUUGGCAUUCAUCAACACAACUACAAACAGUUGGCAACUUCUCAAACAUGUUCAACGUUGCGAUGUUAAUAAUGGAUCACUCUGUGGAACCACUAACCAUUUCACUUCGUUUGGUGUACUCACCAACUUCAAUGACGAUGGUACUGACGGCGAAGGAGGAUAUGGUGCCACCUACGGAAGUGGUCUACCAAGAAAAACAAUGAUUAUCAUUGCCUCUACAGUGGUCGGUGGUGUAGCUAUCAUGGGUGCAAUAGCAGGUUUCUUCCUGGUGAAAAUAGUCAAGCACGGUAGUCUUAAAUAUUGGUGGGCAUCGAAAUCAAGAGGUGGUCAUGCCAUUGAAUUAAAUUAA